UGCUUACGAGGAGCACAUGAAGGCGUCAUUUUUCCAAGGAACUGGGUAAAGCAGAAGGAUCGUCAUAGCGGUAAAAAACGCAAAGGCCAGACUUUAAUUAUACUUUUUUAUGUUACUAUAGUGUCCUACAUUAUGUAUUUAUCUGUGAAAGACGUGUUUUAUUUUACUCUGCAACUCAACGAAUAGCUGGUUGGACUUUUUGUUGUUGCUGUUAGGCCUGUUGAAUUCCUUCACAGUAAAAAAGCGACCCAGUUUGCUAAAAGAAAAAUGCCUACUGAAUUAAAGCAGAGGAAGAAGUCACAGAAACACAGUGAUGAAAGUGAAACGUCGGCUGCUAAUGGGAAAGAUGGAGCUCAGAAAGAGAAGACAGAAGCUGGAAACAGCGCAGGAGCGAAUAAAACGUCUCCGAGUUUGGACAUUAAAAGUAUUCUGUGUUUAUUAUCGCUGGCAGCAUGCGGGGCUCUGAGCUGGAUGGUGCUGCAGCAGAAUGAGAGGUUUUCCCAAAUUGAAGAAAAGUACAAGUUUUUACACGGAAGGACUUCAAGUCUGUUCGACAUGGAGGAAGAAGUCUUAAAGGUUUCUAAGAAGCUUGCCGCCUCUGAGGAUGACCUACAGGAUGUGCUCUCCACCAUCUCCUUGGCAACGCGACUCCAGCGGGACAUCUCCACCCUCCACGCCGCUGUCAUGGAGAUGCAGGCCGACGAGAACUCCGCCUCCCGUGAUCUGCAGACGGUCAACGCCCACUUCCUCAAUGUGACAGAGACGUGGCAGGAGCGCCUGGCCGCCAUCACCUCUGACCUCGCUGCCCUCAAGGCCGAGUCACGGGAAGCUCACACCGGAGCCACGGAGCGGGUGAACGAGGCCGAGCGGAGGGCCCGGGUGCUGACGGAGAGGUUGGAGGAGCUGGAGGACAGCACGAAGAGGAACGCCCGAGCCAUGGAGCGCGCAGAGGAAGACGACGCCAAGCGAGCGCAGGGUCAGCUGGACUGGAACACAAAGCAGAUCCACUACCUGGAGGAGCAGAUGAGCAGCCUGAGCAAGAGCAAGGCUGAGCUCAGCACUCAGCUCCAAGAGCACAUCCCCCGGGCGCAGGAGUGCGAAGAGUAUUUGCCCCAGGUAGAGGAGGCGGUGCGCUCCAUCCUGAGGCUCGGGGGUGAUCUGAGCGGGGCGGAGAAACGUCUGGAAGAGGUGACCUUACAGGUGUUUGGCACCGAGGACAGCAUGCUGAAAGCGCUCAGUGAAAUCCUUGAGAUGAGACAGGAGCUGGACAACCUGCAGGCUCAAAACAGCAUCCUCAAGAUGAAGAAUGAGUUGUCGGUGGUGAAAGAGGCGGUCCGUGAACUCACCAUGGUGCUGAGGGAAAACACGGUGGACAGUCUAAAGGUCUCCGACACUCUGGAGGACGAGGGAUGGAGAGAGGAGGAAGAGGAGGAGUGGGAA